AUUUUACGUUAUAUGAUUUUUUGUUUUAUUAUCUCGACGAGAUUCAAUAUAAAAUGAUCUUUAUUUAGGUUUUUUCAAACGGGGCUUCCAAAUUCAAUGUUGUCUUAGGCCCCAUGAAAAUAUAACCUGUCACUGGUAAUAAUUUAGUAACUUCGCAUAAAGAAAAUUUGCCAUGAAGAAAGAAACGAAUUAUAUGCAUGUAACUGUGAAAUGAAAUAUUAGAUUUAAUACAAAUUCUAAUUUUUAUUUACUGUAUCAAAAGUUUGAAACAAAUUGAAAUAUUCAAACGAGUAUCUGAUCUAAGUACUACUACUCAACGUUUAAAAAUAGAAAUUGCAACGGGCGCCGUGGCGCCUACAAGAUUACAAAACAAAAGUGUUGGGAAUGUAGAGAAAUUAAAUAUGUUUUAAAACAUGGAAGGAAUAAAAUUAUAUAGUAAAUGUACAAAAUUUAGUAUCGCGUCAUUGUAUUAAAAACUUGGUAACUUUGGAAAAUAAUCUCGGAAUUUACCGUUUGCGUAAUGGAAUUUCAGUUUUAAAAAGUUAUAUUCAUUUACACGUCAGUGUAUGUUUGUAUUUAUGUAAGUAGUAAAAAAUGCGUCAGCUUUAAUCGCAUGAAAUAUAGUUGUUGAGCGGGUGUAAAACGAAUACGCCUAUUGUUAACGGAUAAUGCCAACAAGGUAAUCCGACAAUACAUGGUGGAAUUUUCUCAGAAAUGUAUGCAUAUCCAUUUUUAGACACAAUUGCAUUUUAAUUGUGUACAAUGUGGUGUUUUUUAUAUAGAUAUUUUUGUACAUUUUGGAUUAUAUUUUUACAUACGUUCAUUUUGUUAAAUAACUUUUCUAUGAUGUAUCUUUCUAAUCGCCAAUAUAUAUAAACCACUAGUACGUAAUUUUACAAAAAUGCAUUUUUCUAUACCAGAUACACAAGAAUUUAUUGAUACAGCUGGUAAUACAUAUGUGGGUUAUAACAUUCAUAUAAAUGGAUUAUUUCAUUGUACCGUAAGGUACAAACAGUUGCACAAUCUUCAUGAACAAUUAACAAAGGAUUUGGAUAUACCUAUCCUGUUGUUUCCACCAAAAAAGUUCUUCCCUUUAACGUUAAAUCAGCAAGAAGAACGUCGUUUGUCUUUGGAAAAGUAUAUUCAAUCGAUCGGACAAAAUGCAACAGUCAAUAAAUCAGGAAUGCUGAAUGCAUUCUUACUAAAUGCUCAACAAGAAACUAUAGGUGGAUUAUCCAAUAAUGAAGUUGUGGACGUUUUUCUUAUGAAUGGUUCUAAGGUAACAAUAAAUGUUUCCUCAGGAGAUCAUUCUGGAAUUGUUUUAAAGAAAGUCUACAACCAUUUUAAACUGCCAGAACAAUAUCAUAUAUAUUUUGCAUUAUUUAUUGUGGCUCAGGAUGAAGGUAAUAGUGUCUAUUUACUACGAAAAUUACAGGAUUUUGAAUCUCCAUUUAUAACAAACAAAUAUAUACACACUAUAGGUAGUAGGGUUGUACUUGGAAAGAAUUACUGGGAUGUGGGAUAUGAUCUUGAACUAAUGACUAAUGCAGUAGCAAUGAAUUUAUUGUAUAUUCAAACAGUUGCUGAAAUUCAACGAGGGUGGAUUUUAGUUGCAGACGAACUACAAGAUCGUCUGACCACUUCACAGAGUCAUGCAAAGAAAAAAGAAUAUCUGGAUAUAGCGCGUACUUUAAAGUAUUAUGGUUAUAUUCAGUUUGCUCCAUGCUUUUGCGAUUACCCUCAAGCAGAUUCAAAAGUAUUAGUUGCUAUAGGUAGAAAUGAAUUGAAUUUGCGUACAUUAUCCGACGGGGAACAACACGAAGAAAUGUUUAAAGUUUCUCGAAUGCGUUGUUGGCGAAUAACUACUGUACAAAAUGGGGUUGACAGAUGCGAAGAAAAUGAUGACAUCAGUUUGGAGUUAUCUUUUGAAUACUUAGUAGCUAAGAAUCAAUUGCAAUGGGUGACAAUUACUUCAGAACAAGCUAUUUUAAUGUCCGUAUGUUUGCAAGCUAUGAUCGAUGAAUUACUGUUAAAGAAUGUCGGCGGCAAUAAGAUUCAGGAUGUGUCACCAGGAAAAUCGUGGACAUAUAUUAUGCGAGAUGGGCAGAGUGUCACAAUGGGAUCGUCUUCGGAUGAACAAUCAGACGGAAGUAAAAAGAGUCAUUGUAUCAAACAACCUUCUAAAUCAGAACCAAUUAUGAAAAAACUUGCGGAUAGAUUCUCGGUAGUUAGAAUAAAAAAAUCCACUAACGUAAAAGUUAGCACAAACGAUAAAAUUCAAAGAAAACAUAUAUCAGAAUGUGAUAUUAUGGAAAAUAAUGCAUUUAACAUGAUUGGCGAUGAUGAUUUAUGAAUAUAUGAAAAUAAUGUGAUGAGACAGGAUAUGCCUUAUAAAUAUCUAAAUAGUUUUCUAAAACUUCUCAAAUGAUAUUAAUAUAUUUUUGCUGACAUGUAACCAAGUGAUAUAAAUUUAUAAGAUUCUCGCAUUAAGUGUAGAAGGAUAAUUUUAUACUUAUGUACUAAUAUCAUAACAAUUUUGU